AAGAACCACGCCCUGCAUCCAUUAAUGGCAACUUACGACAAGGGCUCUAAUAUGGACGAGGAGUUUGAACCCUUUUGCCAGUGGCGAAGAGGGCAAGAACGUGACAUUCUUGAGGUUCAUCUCAAAGGUAAGGGAUUCAAAAGAGAGCAUUUGAGGGUCCAAAUGAACAACGGUCACAUCCUAACAAUUAGUGGGGAGCAAAGUGUUGAAGAUUACAAAAUCAGGCGUUUCCGCAAAGAGAUCAAAGUUUCCAAAGACUGCACUCCUGACCAAAUCCGUGCAAAGUUUGCCAGCGGCAUUCUCUACAUAACUUUGCCGAUGCGAAAAACGGCGUUUCGUUUAAGAGAUGGCAUGUUGAGGAUGGAGAUGACUAGAAAGAUGGCUUUGAGUGUUGCGUUGGUUGUUGCUGUUGGCGGUUUUCUAAUAUGGAAGUCAACAUCAAUUCCAGUUCCUUUAGUAUACUGAAGUAGUUAUUUGUUAAUAUUACAAUAUGGGAGUGCAAAAGGCUUUUAAUCAAGGCAAGGAAAAUCAAAUUACAACAACUACUUUAAAUGAUCAAUUAAUUUUCUGGCAACCCCA